AUGAAGCCGUGGCUGGCGGGCCUGUUGCUGAACCUGGCCGUUGUGGCGCUUUUCCUCCUCCACCUCUGGCCGCACCUACAGGUGCUGUUCUCUGAUCCGCUCUUUGAAGAGAUAGACUACCUCAUCGACCCCGACCCGGAGCCCCACGAUAGCGAUAGCCUGGAGGAUGAUACGCCUGUAGAGUCCGGGGCCUUCGUCCUGCAGCGGGAGGCGGAGCUCGCGGAGGCCGAGGAGCACAGCCUCGGCACCUGGAAGGGGCCAAAGCACCGGGAGAUGUGGACUCCCGGCCCCUUGUUGGGCGCUGCCUUGGUGGUCUUGGUGCUCUUCCUGAAUAGCGCGGCUCCGUACGCCAUCCGCUGCUACGAGCUGCAGCGGCAGGAAGAUGCCAAGGAGCCUCGGACACGGCUACCGCAGAGGCGGCGAAAAAGCGGCGCUUGCGAGGUGCUGAAGCUUCAUGCAUGCGGUUCGAGCAAGAAUCGGCUGGUGCUCAUUGACUAG